AGUACAAAUGAAUAAGAGCCUCCGCAUACACACACACAAGCAUCCGUACAUGUGGCCUUUAGGACGCUCCACUGCACCGGGCCACUCCAGCGUCCAGAAUGCUUUUACAUCACGUCUGACACGCAUGACAUGUAGUCUCUCGUUUUUUCUCCAACGUUUGGUCUUGUCAAGAAAUACGAGCAAAAGUGUGUUUCUGCUGAGUAAAAUGGUGAAAAGAUCUGCACACGACACGCCCGAGAAAGAACGGGAGACAAAUCAACAUUCUGCGGCCACGAAUUUGCCAAAUAAAUCGCAUCCAGCCAAUCGAUCGGCAUUUAACCCUAAUCGCCAACCGGAAGAACACGAGGCUCACGGAGGCGCAAUGGGAAAAACAGCCGGCGAGAAUCGUCGAGUCGAGUAUUUGGAAACUCCUGUUAAGUCUGAGGCGGACAAAAAAGAGUACAGGGUCAUCAAACUAGAAAAUGGUUUGAUAGCUUUGCUGAUAUCUGAUAUGUAUGAUGGAUCAAAUAAAAAUGAAGAUAGUGGUGAUGAAGAAGAUAUAGCAAGUAGUGAAGAUAUGUCUGACGAUUACGAAAGUGGUGAAGAAGAUGAGGAUGAAGAUGAUGAAGAUGAAGGUGCAUUUGAUGAAGAGGAUGAAGAUGAAGAUGACUAUACACCAACUGAUGGGAUGACAAGACAAGUAAAGAUGGCAGCAUGUGCAAUGACUGUGGGAGUAGGGUCUUUCAGUGAUCCUACUGAGAUUCAAGGCUUGGCGCACUUUCUCGAGCAUAUGAUUUUUAUGGGAUCAGAAAAGUAUCCAAAGGAAAACGAUUUUGACGCCUUCGUUAGCAAAUACGGCGGAUAUAGUAACGCUGUAACGGGAUUUGAGCGGACAACGUUUCAUUUCUCCAUACAACGGAAACACUUACUGUCGGCCGUUGAUCGUUUCGCACAGUUCUUUAUCAAGCCCCUGAUGAAGAGAGACGCGAUUACGCGCGAACGAAAAGCUGUGGAAAGUGAGUUUCAGAUGGACCUUCCCGUCGACAGGAACAAAAAGAUGCAGCUACUGAACAGCUUCGCUUGCGACGGUCAUCCAGCCAGGAAGUUCAGUUGGGGUAAUAUGACGACGUUGCGCGACAAUGUGAGCGAGGACAAAUUGUACGACGAGUUGCACAGGUUUCGAGAACGCCAUUACAGCGCCCACAGAAUGAGAUUAGCUAUACAGGCAAAGUUUCCACUGGACACAUUGGAAGAGUACGUGACCAAGUGCUUUUCUGAUAUACCGAAUAACGGACAGCUGCCUGAUGAUUUUACUGAAUUCAAAGGCGUCAAAUCGUUCGAUACUCCGGCUUUCCGAAAAAUGUACAAAGUCAGACCUAUCAAAGACUUAUGCGCGGUCGAAUUAACAUGGGUGAUGCCUUCAAUGUUGGAAUUCUAUAGGAUUAAACCCGACGAAUAUCUGAUUUCAAUUAUCGCCAACAGUAGUCCAGGUUCCUUAAUCAGUUACCUGCGCAAGAAACUGUGGUGUAUCGAAAUCAAUUGCGACAAUGCGAACGAAUGCGACACCUCCAUAUAUAACAUGUACUGUUUGAGUCUGUUGCUCACCGAUGAGGGGUACAAGCACUUGGAAGAAGUGUUAGAUGCGGUGUUCUCUUACAUUAAUCUGCUUAAAAGGGAGGGCCCGCAGAAGAGAUACUACGACGAAAUUCAACAAAUCGAUCGGACCAAUUUCAGGUUUUUAGAGGAAGAAGACGCCGAGGAUUACGUGGAAGACAUGUCUGACAACAUGUUUAUUUACCCGCCACGCGAAUAUAUAACAGGCAACUGCCUCUUCUUCGAAUAUAACGCGGACGUGAUACAAAUGUGCUUAGAUUGUCUGGUGCCGGACAAUGUGAACAUCACGGUCUACAGCAAGAAGUUUGACGAGCAACAGUUUGACAAGUUUGAGCCCUGGUUCGAGACGAAGUACAUGGACAGCGAGAUACCGCCGGAGUGGAUCGAGCGUUGGAAAGGCAUCGAGCCGUUCCCGAGUUUUCACUUGCCACUACCGAAUAUGUUCCUCGUCAAUGACUUCUCCAUGAUACCGUUAUCGUCGAACAUACCUUCCUACCCUGAGAAAGUAUAUCACGACGAGAAUUUAGAGAUUUGGUAUCGAGAGGAUCCCAAAUUCCGGUUACCGGACUGUCACAUGGCUUUUUAUCUCAUUUCCGAUAUGCCAUGUAAGUCGACAAAAAACGCGGUCCUCCUGGAUCUGUACGUCGUGAUAUUGAAUCACUUGUUGAGUGAGGAACUGUAUCCUGCUGCAGCGGUAGGAUAUAAUUAUGACAUUGUAGUUCUCAUGAAUGGUAUCGCAUUGCUCGUGAAUGGUUUCAACGAGAAAUUGCCACUCUUAUUAAUGACCGUUGCGAAACACAUAGUGGACUUCCCGAAUCUCGUUACGAAGGACUUUGUUGAAGUUAUGAAGACACAUCUGACCAAGCAGUACUUCAAUUCGUUCCUUAAACCUGGCAACAUCGUCAGUGAAAUGAGAUUAGGAAUAGUGACACAGGUAUUUCGAACUGAAGUCGAGAAACACGCAGUCAUACAGGACAUCGGUUUCGACGAGCUUCUGGAGUUCGUCAAAUUCUAUCUGAGUCGUCUUUACGUUCAGUGCCUGGUGCAAGGCAACAUGAUGCGGGAGGACGUUGUUGAGAAGGUACGACAGUGCAUCGGGAUAUUGCAGUGCGAGCCGUUGCAAGCGAACACGAGGCCGAUGGCGAAAAUUACGCAAUUACCGUUGGGCAUAUACUGUUGCAAAGUGCGCAAUCUGAAUCCAACCGACGUGAACUCCGUAGUACUGAAUUAUUAUCAGCUGGGAGUCGAUUCGGACCAAAUGAGAGCGAUGAUCCAUCUGAUGUUGUUGAUGUUGGAGGAACCAAUGUUCAAUCAGCUUAGAACCAAAGAACAGCUAGGAUACGAAGUACGCUGCGAUCAUAAAAAUAGUUACGGAGUCUUGGGAGUUUGCAUCACAGUUUUCACACAGGCGGACAAAUACACGACGGAGCACGUGGACGAGCGGAUCGAGGAGUUCAUGAAGUCGUUCGCCACGACACUGGAGAACAUCACGGAUGACGAGUUGAACAGCUUUAAGGAAACAUUAAAGAAGAAGAAGAUGUGCGCCGAUAUUUAUCUGAAGCAGGAGUUCGAUAGGAAUUGGACCGAAAUCGAGAUGGAGAAUUACAUGUUCGACAGGCUCCAGAGGGAAGUGGUCGCGUUGCGUGCCAUAACACUCGACGAUUUGAAAAAAUGGUACGCGAAGUAUAUGAUGAACGGGGAAUACUUCCGAAAGUUGAGCUUGCAAGUCAUUGGUAACAAUGGAGCGACGAUCGCGGAAGCCAAGACAGAUGGCGACGUUUCAAGGGAUAUCAAGCUUAAAGAAACCUUCAAUAUGACGGAGGUUUGCAAAAAGGACAAGACUUACUGCUUAAAAUAUGUGAUUGAUGAGCAAUUGGACAAGAAAGUGCGAAACAUCAUUGACAUAGAAGACUUCAAGAAACAGCUUGAUAUCUAUCCGAUGAUACGUAAUAAUUAAAACGUUAGAUUUACUAUUCACUAAAUCUUUCUAUUUACUAAAUCUUCAAUGCUGACUUUCACGUAAACGAUAGUAAUGUAUUUCCCUGGAACUAACUGCCAUCGUGCGUUUUUUUUUUUUUAAGAAAAUUAUUACGGCGAUGAAUUGUCAUUAGUUAAAAAUGCCCUUGAGGACAUGUCGCGAUGUAAAUGUUUGAAGUUAAGUUUUUAAAAUUAUAUAAGUAACCAAUAAAUUUUACAUACAACCGA